GAAGAAGAAGGACGCGUUUCCGCUUUCAGUACGUUCAUGCUGAUUUCUGUUUCUCCGAAUCUGAGUUUAUUUUAUUCAUUUCACCAUGUCUAUUAAAUUAAAUGCUCUUUUCAGCGACUCAUAUGUGGAUAUAAGCCAGUAUAGAGACCAACAUUUUAAGGGCAACCGUUACGAGCAGGAGAAGCUGCUGAAGCAGAGCUGCACGCUGUAUGUGGGAAACCUGUCCUUCUACACCACUGAGGAGCAGGUGCACGAGCUCUUCUCCAAGAGCGGAGACGUCAAGAGGAUCAUCAUCGGCCUCGACAAAGUCAAGAAGACCGCCUGCGGAUUCUGUUUCGUCGAAUAUUACACUCGUGCUGAUGCUGAGAAUGCCAUGAGGUUUAUUAAUGGCACGAGGCUGGAUGACCGCAUCAUCCGAACGGACUGGGACGCAGGCUUUAAAGAGGGCAGACAGUUCGGCCGGGGCAAGUCAGGUGGUCAGGUAAGUGAUAAAGCACAAAAAAAGACAGCUAUGAUCACAAUAAUUAUUGCACUUAUAUUUCAUGAACUGUUUUCUUUGCUAGCAACACAACACAAGUGUAAAAACCUCCAGAAGCCCAAGAGCGUUUUCAUGCUUCCCUUCUUAAAGAUUUUUCAAAGAAAAGAUUUUCUUUCCAGCCUUUCAAUCUCAGUGUUUUUUUUCUUCUUCGCAAUUUAACAGGAAUGUAAGUAUUUUGUUGAUAUGCCUCUCUUUGGACCCCACUGUACUUGCAGCAUCAUGUGUGUGUCCUGUCUCAGUGUAACGUGGUGGUGUGCAGCUGUUAUCAGCCAGAGCUUGUUCUUUGUGU